GUAGUACAUCGUGAUCUGAAACCGUCGAAUAUUAUGUAUGCUUCCCGUACAGCUGAUCCAGAUUCCAUUCGGAUCAUUGAUUUUGGAUUUGCGAAACAAUUACGAGCUGAAAAUGGCCUCUUAAUGACACCUUGUUACACGGCACAGUUUGUUGCACCAGAAGUUCUGAAGAAACAAGGCUAUGAUAUGAGCUGUGAUGUAUGGUCGCUUGGAGUGCUUCUUUACACUAUGCUUAGCGGGUAUGUCGUACAAACUCAGUUUUCCCAGAAAGUAUCAAAGUUGAAAGUCAAAGUUUCCUCCGUAUUCAUUUUUUAA